AUGGGCACGGGUGUCAGUAGGAAGGCCAAGGAUGUUGGCCCAAGUUCAAAUGAGCCCAUGAAGAAAAAGAAGAAUGAUCAAUUGGAGGAAAUUAGGGUUAGGAAUGUGACUUGCGAGCGCCAAGUCAAUAGGAAUACUUUAGGGCCUAGGGAAGUUAUGGUGAGAACCACUGAAAAUCAUGAUCUACAUUUUUUGUUUGAUGAGGUGAAGGGGUAUCUGCUUCCCUUGU